AUGACAGUGUUAAGCGGAAGAGAAAUUAAUAUAUUUCAACCUGUGAAACGGCCAUAUUCUAUGUUUGGAGCAAAAAAAAGACUUCUGUUUAAGCAAGGGCAAAAUUUUCGAGGCGAAAGAUAUUUUGCAAGAUUUGUGCUUCGCCAAGUACUGAAAUUGCGAUAUUGGGUUGCAGCUGGUGUUUUUAGCGGUUCCGUUGCAGCUAGUAACCGAUAUGAGGAGUGGAAGAAAAAUUUGCCAGAACUUUCUUUACCGGAAUGGAUCAAAAUGGAUGACAAACGGAUGAAUGAAUACAAAAAUUUCUAUUAUGAUGUGAAAUCGAAAUGGUUGGCCAACGAGCAAAUAUGGUUGAAAAAUUUACAGACAAGAAUGGCCGGUUUGCAAAACAUAUGGAAAUUAGAGCCUAUUGAAGACGAUUCUGAUCUAAAUGGAACUCAAGAUUCGGAGCCACAGGAUGGUCAUUUCUUUUCCGGACUAGAUUUCAUGGCUCAAAAUGAGGUUAAACGACAUUUUGCAGAAGAUGAUGGGCCCAAAACACUAUUCUCAUCUGUAUCGGACGUGUUCAAAAGAAAAAAAAAUAUAUCAGAGCAUGAAAAAAAUGACUACACGAAGAUGAAUGAAACUGAGAGAAUUCAGAAGCUGCAAGAAGACAUGUUAAAAACUCAGAGUCAGUAUCAACGAGAACUCGAAAGACUGGAGAAAGAAAACAAAAAUUUGAGACAAAGACUACUGCUAAAAGAUCAGGGUGCUUCACGGAGACUGAAGAAAAUGAAGAGAUCUCUGAUCGAUUUGUACUCAGAAGCACUCGAUUUACUCACUGAAUAUGAUUCGUCCUACAGUACAGCUGAUAAUUUACCACGUGUGGUUGUCGUUGGAGAUCAAAGUGCCGGCAAAACAUCCGUCUUAGAAAUGAUAGCUCAAGCUCGAAUAUUUCCUCGUGGAUCAGGCGAAAUGAUGACGAGAGCUCCAGUGAAGGUAACCCUCAGCGAAGGGCCAUAUCACAUUGCUUGCUUCAAAGACAGCACUCGUGAAUUUGAUCUAACAAAAGAAUCAGAGCUGAAACAACUGAGAAAUGAAAUCGAGAUAAGGAUGAGGAAUUCAGUUGCCAGCGGUAAGACGGUGUCAAAUGAAGUAAUUGCACUAACAGUCAAAGGUCCAUCUCUUCCACGAAUGGUUUUGGUUGACUUACCGGGUGUUAUAUCAACUGUAACGGUUGAUAUGGCCAAAGAAACGAAAGAUGAUAUUGUUAAAAUGUGCAAAACAUAUAUGGAAAAUCCGAACGCUAUCAUUCUAUGCAUACAAGACGGUUCCGUUGAUGCUGAACGUAGCAAUGUAACAGAUCUUGUGAGCACUGUCGAUCCAGUCGGUGAAAGAACUAUUUUGGUAUUGACUAAAGUUGAUUUGGCAGAAAAGAAUUUUGCAAAUCCUGAUAGAAUAAAGAAAAUUCUGGAAGGCAAAUUGUUCCCCAUGAAGGCUCUAGGCUAUUAUGCUGUCGUCACAGGUAAAGGUUCGAACACUGAAAGCAUUGAAUCCAUUGUAAAGUAUGAGGAGGAAUUUUUCGCUCGAUCUAAACUUUUCAAAGAUGGUGUUUUAAAGCACUCACAAGUGACAACUAGAAAUAUGUCUCUGGCUGUAUCAGAUUGCUUCUGGAGAAUGGUGAAAGACUCAAUCGAAUCACAGGCCGAUGCAUUUCGUGCAACACGUUUCAAUCUUGAAACUGAAUGGAAGAAUAAAUUUCCCCGAAUGCGUGAAUUGGAUCGUGAUGAAUUAUUUGACAAAGCAAGAGGUGAAAUACUGGAUGAAAUAGUCAACUUAUCACUUGUACCAGCAAAACGAUGGGAAAAAUUGUUGAAAAAGAGGCUAUGGGAUGCAGUAGCACCCCAUAUCUUUGAUCAAAUUUUAAUGCCCGCUAGUGCUGUUGACAAUGCGGGUUCAUUUAAUACAUUGGUAGAUAUCAAAAUGAAACAUUGGGCUGAUAAAGAAUUAGCGAUCAAAUCCAUACAGAGUGGAUGGGAAAUUCUGUCGGAAUUGUUUAAAAAGCAAUUGGAAGAUGAUGCGAAACACCGCAAAGACGAGGACAGUGAAAUAUUUGAUCGGUUAAAGCAUGCGGUCCUAGAAGCUGCCUUAAGAGAGCAUCAGUGGGAUAGCAAAGCAGUAGAUUAUUUGAGAGUUAUUCAAUUGAAUGCAAUGGAAGAUCGCGUUGUACCGGAUCAUCGUUCAUGGAAUAACGCUAUUGAAUUUAUGAUAUCAGCCAUACAAGAUCGUUUAAAUGAGACUCGUAAACAGAUAGCUGAAUGGCAUGGUCCUUCAUUUUGGGCACGUUGGAUUUACUGGAAAACACCAACUGCUGAGAACAGUUUAGCUGGUACAAUUCAGGAAGAAUUGAGGAACUUAUUAAUUCAAAAUCCCGAACAUAUUCAAUCAUUGUUGGACGAUGAUUUGACUAUUUUAAGAAGAAAUCUAGAAGCAAAAGGCUUAAAAGAAUUGAGCAAUGAACUGAUUCGAAAACAAUGGAAAUUGAUAUAUCGGGAACAUUUUCUGGAACGACAAUAUCAAACAGCUAUAGAAUGUCAAGAUUUCUAUCCACACUACAAACUUGGUUUCGAUGAUACAGAUGUAGAUUGUCAGGGAGUAGUGCUAUUUUAUAGAAUACAAAAGAUGAUCGAUUUAACAUGUAAUGCAUUACGACAACAAAUUACAAAUACGGAACAAAGAAGAUUGGAGAAAGAAAUUAAGGAUGUGUUAGAUGAAUGGGCUCAUGAUAUAGACAAGAAAAAAGAAUAUCUAACUGGUAGACGUGUUGAGUUAGCUGAAGAACUAAAGCAGGUUCGUCAUAUUCAGGAAAGGCUGGAAGAAUUUAUAGUGGAAUUGCAGCAGGAGAAAUCCUCUUAA